AUGUUUUUAGAUAGUAAUGCAGAUGAAGCUGGGUUUCAAAGAGAUAAAGCCUUUGAUGAUAAGUGCGCCAAAAAUAGUCUAGAGAAUGUAAAAGGCACAAAAUCUACUUUUAGAUUGUACACAUAGGAAGGAAUUAUAUGCAUUGCAACUGCAGCAGCUGGAUUUAACUGGGAAUAUUAGUAAUAGUCUGAAUUUUGGGUACUAAAAGCUCUUGAUAAAUCUCUUUUUGGAGAAAAAGUAUAUAAGUGUAUAAAUGUCUGGUGGUUUAAUCCAAAAUGGGUGGUAGAAAAAAUUCCACCUGGCAUUUAUCACGUCUAUAUACGCCAAGGGAACAGUAAUAUAGAUCCAGAGUGCCGAUUUUCUCAAUUCAAAGGUGUAGGAUUCAAAGGAAAAAUAGUCAGUGUCAAAUUUUUAAAGCACUACAUACCCUUUAGGGAAAACCAACAUCGUCUAAUAAAUACCUAUGUUGCAACUCUUGACCUUUCAGAGGUAGAUGAAUUAACAAAUAUCUAGUUCGAACUAUUUAGAUCAGAUAUUCGAGUGAGCAAUUAUCUUAUUGAAGGAUUAAUUCUUGUGCCUGUAUAAUCUCUUGAAUAGCCUCCGACCUUUUUCCUAAAAUUGUUGACUGACGAUGAUUUGAAAGAAGUAAAAUGGGAAUUAAGAGUUGAAGAACCAUAGUUUGUAAUACCUAUUACUAAUGAAAAUGUAGAGAAUUUUUUAUAGCGAUAACCCACACAGAAAUUAGACGAUAUGUUUGCUGAAGAAAGUGAUAGUGAGGUUGUAGAAAGAUUAAAGACAACUUAUUAAGAAAUUUGGGAGAAAUAUGAUAUCAAUAGAAACAAUUAUCUGGACAGAUAAGAAUUUAAAAAUUGUAUGACUGAUUAAUUUAAAAAAAUAAAGUAUCCAACUGAUGAAAAGAAGUUGGAUUAGUUCUUUAAUAAGUCUGAUACUUACUAGACAGGGCAACUAACUUAAUAAUAAAUGCAUUGGCUAUUGAUUUAAAUAGUCAGAAUAUAAAUUUAAUUAGAGGAAUAAGAAAAAAAGUAAGAAAUAAUCAGAAAAAAAGAAAAAGAACUUCAAGCUUAGAAUGACAAUGCAAAAACAUUAGAAGAUCUAUUUGAAAAAGGAAAAAUUACAAUAAAGGGAAGUCUCUAAGUAAAAAGUGAAGGUAAAUCACUUCCUGAUAAUAUGCAUGCUGUUGAAAAUUUGAUUUAAAAAGAAGGAAAAUGGAGAAUCGAGGAUUGUGAUAAAGCUACCAUUAUCCUUAAACUUGAGGAAGAAAUUGAAUUUAUGGUAGUUGGAGUUAAAAGUGCUAACGACUCUUCUAGAUUGGAUCCUGCUAUGAUUGAAAUCUCAAUUUUAAAAGAAGAUUAAUAUGAGGUUAUUGUAUCAAAAGAUGAUCUGAUGUUUGAUCAAAGAUUUUAAAAUAGAUUGUUCAAACCUAAUGAAAAUGGUCUGAUGACGAAAGAAAUAAAGAUUAAUCUAUAAUCAAGAACUGAAAAUGGAUUGCAAUUAUCAGAAAUUUUACUUUAUAAUAAAGUAGCAGCCUGA